AUGUCUGAGCAUAUCGUACUUCCUGGUAUUCCAGUGGUUACCGAUAGGGAGCUUUAUCCGGAAGGCGUGGCUAUGGAAUCAUUAUUUAAAAAAUCCAACAAGCUUCCCAGACCAAACACUGUAAUUCUCUCAUCUUUUAACUCCCCACUUGACGCGAUCUACCUUGCCGCCAUUUUCGACCCAGUAUUUACGGCCUCUUACCCCACCACUCGCAAAGUCGAACAUAUUUCACUUUUCACGGCCAUACUACGGGCUUUCUCUAAACCUUGCCUCUCUCCUCCGAAAGGCGCGACACUUCAUACCGUCGCAUCCCUUCUGAAGUCCAAUCCCACUCGAACGGUAAUUGUUUUCCCCGAAACGACAACUACCAAUGGCCGCGGUAUCCUACGUUUCGCCCCAUCACUUGACACGACUCCAGCGCAAAUCGCCAUAUUCCCAAUUUCACUCCGUUAUACCCCCGCCGAUGUGACUACGCCAAUUCCAGAGACGUAUUUCGCAACCAUGUACAAUCUCUUGAGCAGACCAACUCACUGUAUACGUGUACGCAUUGCAGAAGCAAUUUAUAACAGAUUAGAGAAGGAAACACCCGACUAUGGCCAGCUCGAAGAUUAUCACUCGGAAGGCUCUGAAACCGACGAGGAAACAAGACUUUUGUCAAGUUCCUCUAGCGAUACAGUGACGGAUGAGAAAUCACCCCUCGAUGGCGGAGAACAGCAAAGCAGGCUUUCCGAGAAGGGCGGCGAGGCGCUGGCAAGGAUAAGCAGGAGUAAAAGGUUGAACUUGGGUGUAAAGGAAAAGAUUGCAUUCGUGGAGGCCUGGGGAAAAAAUAAAAGGUGA